AUGCUGUAUUCUGUGAUUCUUCCGACCUAUAACGAGCGAGAGAACCUCCCAAUUAUAUUUUAUUUGCUGCACAAGACAUUUGAGGCCUGCAAACUUCGGUUUGAAGUAGUCGUGGUGGAUGACAAUUCUCCUGACGGGACCAAAUCAGUAGCCGAGGCGAUUCAAAAAUCUUACGGCAACGAGCUUGUUACGAUCGUUUCCCGAGCUGGUAAGCUUGGUUUGGGAUCAGCAUAUGUGGCCGGGCUCAAGUCAGCCCGUGGCGAUCGCAUCGUACUUAUGGACGCUGACCUGUCGCAUCACCCUUCGGCGAUUCCGGACAUGAUCCGUGUCAUGGACGAGAAAAAGUGUGAAAUCGUGACAGGAACAAGAUAUCGCAAAGGCGGUGGUGUUGCCGGCUGGGACACCAAACGAAAAUUGACGAGCAAAGGAGCCAACGUGCUGGCUGAUUUUUUACUCAAUCCCGGAGUUUCCGACCUGACGGGCUCUUUCCGACUCUACCGACGAGACAUAUUGGAACAAAUUUUGCCCAAAGUGAAAUCGACAGGCUACUCGUUUCAAAUGGAAAUUGUUGUCCUUGCCAAAAAGAUGGGCUGUGUGAUCGAGGAAAUUCCUAUUACAUUCGUGGAUAGGCUCUACGGAGAGUCCAAGCUUGGCCCUAGGGAAAUUGUGUUGUAUCUUAAAGGACUAGUGCACUUGUUCUUCACCACUUGACCCGCACCAGUAAUUGAGGCUCAAGUCGUUGUCAACAGUGAAAGGUCUAAUAGUGAAUAAUUUUUUUCGUAUUG